CCAAAAAGAUUAUUAAAGAGCUGCGGCUCCCCCACUUGACCUAAACAAUGAGCGGUGCUGCGUUCACGGACCAAGACUACCGUACGUCACGUCGCUGUCAUCGUCACCACCCGUCAGAGGGCGAUCUGCGAUGGCGGAUGUGGACGACGUGGACGUCAAGAUGAAUUAUCGCGGAGAUUUGUUAAAAAACGACAAAAAGAACAGCCGCUACCCGUACUGCAUUGUCUGGACGCCCAUUCCGGUUUUGUCGUGGGUGCUGCCUUUCAUUGGCCACAUGGGGAUAUGCACCUCUUCCGGAAUCAUAAGAGAUUUCGCUGGAUCUUAUUUUGUCUCGGAGGACAACAUGGGCUUCGGGAGACCAACAAAGUAUUGGAAGCUUGACGUGGACAAAGUUUGCGGCAACGGCGCCGCGACUUGGGACAAAGCAGUGCACGAUGCAUCAGAAGAAUACAAAUGCAGGCCGCAUAAUCUGUGUCUUGAUAACUGCCAUUCCCACGUCGCCAUGGCCCUCAACCUCAUGCGCUAUGACAACAGCGCCUCUUGGAACAUGGUCAACUUGUGUGUUCGCUCUCUUAUUCAUGGCAAAUAUGUGAGCUGGGCCGCGUUCUUCAAGACCUGGCUGCCCUUCGUCAUGCUCUGCGGAGUCUUCGCCAUGUUCAUCCUUACGUUCAACCUCCAGUCGUAAAGCUCGUCCGGUACACGUUGACGUGUUUGACAUGUAUUUUUUUAUGAUGAAUACGUUCCCAGACUGGCUAAUAUACGUGUCCCUGAUGAGGAAAAAAAAAAAAAAAAUGUAAAUGAGAGCGUGAAUCGCUACGUAAACUGAACGCUGAAUGUGUUCAUCAAUUAUUCAAAAGAUUAAAAGAUAUGAAAUACGAGCAAAUUAUGUAAGACCCGCAGGAGGACAAAUGCCCCUUUGUCAAUAGUUUUUUUUCUUUUUAUUAAUUUUUUUAAGUUAGGUUACAUGUUUUGAUUGCUUAGAAACUGUACAGCUUCAUAGUGGAAUGUAAUUUUAAUAUCAAAGAAGCAUUACUUUAUCUUAUUGUUAAUAUCACUAUAAAGUGCCUUUUGGUGUUCUUAUCACAAUUACUCAAUCAUCACGAAAAUGUGGCAGAAUAAUGAAAUU